AAUAAUUGAAAUGGAAAUCAUAAAGCCUGAACAAGUCGGUACUAAAGUCAUAGAAUCCAAGGAGAAAAGAGUGGAUAGAUCACAAUUAUCUCAUCUAAAUUUACCUGAAGAUGGUGAAAUCAACUCUAGCUUAAACAAUCAACCUAAACCAGAUCCUGAGGACGAUAGAUCAAAUAGCGAAAGUUUUAAGGCAUUGACUCUUCAUCCUGUUCAGAAGGACUUACCUUCAUUUCGUCAGAACCUGGAUUUAAAGUUAAUCAAGCAACAAAACUCAGGAUUAGACUCUAAACAUAUCCCAGUAGUGAGCUUCUAUAAGUCCACUAGUAGCGUUAAAAGGUACUGCCCUGAUUGUAGAAAAGAGAAUAUGACAAAGGUGUCCAAAAAAUGCACUGGCUCUUUCUGCCUAAAAUCAUUCCUAAUCUAUCCCCUAUGCUGUGUUUUCUGCAGUGAAGGGUUCAGAGAGACCAAUUUGAAGUACGUGCACAGAUGUGCUGAAUGUGGGAAUGUCUUAGGAAACUCUCUUCAGAAGACUAAUACUCAAAGGAUCAGAUAAA